AUGACCCUAGAGAUUAUCAUGCCAAGUGAAGAAAGAUGGACAUUGAAAGCCAAAUACCCAUAUCACGAAAGUCUUAGUAGACAGCGAUACUUGAAUUCUUUAUUUUCUCAUGAAAACUCCACUGCUGUCUAUGGAAUAAACCAGUUUUCUUAUUUGUUUCCUGAAGAGUUUAAAGCUAUUUAUCUAAGAAGCAGCCCUUCCAGGUUUCCCCGAUUUCCGGCAGAAGAGUACACGUCCAUCUCCAACCUGUCUUUGCCAUUAAGAUUUGACUGGAGGGAUAAGCAUGUCGUCACCAAAGUGAGAAACCAGAAGACGUGUGGUGGAUGCUGGGCCUUCAGCGUGGUAGGUGCAGUGGAGUCUGUGUGUGCGAUAAGAGGGCAGCCCUUGGAGGCGCUGAGUGUUCAGCAGGUGAUAGACUGUUCUUACAGCAACUACGGCUGCAACGGAGGAUCCCCGCUCAGCGCUUUGUACUGGCUCAAUAAGCUGCAAGUCAAGCUGGUGAGAGAUUCAGAAUACCCAUUUCAAGCCCAGAAUGGCCUCUGCCGUUACUUUCCUGACUCACAUUCUGGAUCUUCAAUCAAAGGUUAUUCUGCAUAUGACUUCAGUGGCCAAGAAGACAAAAUGGCAAAAGCACUUCUUGCCUUGGGACCUCUGAUAGUGGUGGUAGAUGCCAUGAGCUGGCAAGAUUACCUGGGAGGCAUUAUACAGCAUCACUGCUCCAGUGGAGAAUCAAACCAUGCCGUCCUUGUAACAGGCUUUGAUAAAACAGGAAGUAUCCCAUACUGGAUUGUACGGAACUCCUGGGGAACUUCAUGGGGCAUCGAUGGCUAUGUCCGUGUGAAAAUGGGAGGAAAUAUUUGCGGUAUUGCAGAUUCUGUUUCGGCUGUAUUUGUGUAACGUGUUUGCCGCAUUGAGAGUCGAAUACGAAAUUGAAGGUUCAUGAGUAGAGCUGACACUUCAUUCUUGGCGUUUCAUCAUUAUGCUUUUGCAACUUCCCACAAAGACAGGUUCUAGGACCUGGUCAUGUUGAAACGAAGCCAUGAAAAUUUAGAGAGAGGUGAACUGCCCACCUCUGCAGGAAGACCAGCACCACGGCCUGGGAGGAAGACUGGGAACAGUUUCCUCCUGGGAGGAAGGUCGGAUCAGGAAGUGUUUUAGGUCUCUUCGUUCUGAAGCAGCUAAUAUCUGGUUCUGUUUGAUUGUUGCUUCUGUUUGUCCUUUGCUUGUUUUUAAUGACAUAUUUCCAACAGGAUUAAAGAAAGGAUAAGCAGUCCUUUUCUUUUAUGGGAUUCAGUCACCAGCCUCAGCUGCCCCUACACACAAGAACAGCCAACCUAGAACUGUUUGUGCCUGUCGUAGAGGUGUUCCCAGCCUCCCAGAGGGAAUUUCAUAAGAGUUGUGAAAUGCCAAUUGCUUUUCCCCCCAAAAAUGGUGCUCACCCCUUGACCUGUGCAGAGGUCAUGUAGAACGAGCCAAAAAGACAAUCACUUUUUAAGACAAACAAUUGAAACUAAGUAACCCACAUGGCAGCCAUGUAAUGGGAAAACCUCAAGUAGCCUUGCAUGAGAGACAAUGUUAUUUGAGAAUUCUCACUGUCAGUAGGAUUUCAAUGCAAUUUUUUUUAAUGUGGACCAUUUUUAAAGUCUUCAUUGAGUUUGUUACAAUAUUGUUUCUGUUUUAUGUUUGGGUUUUUUUUGCCUCAUGGCAUAAGGAACCUUAGCUCCUGGACCAGGGAUCAAGCCUGCACCUCCUGCUUUGGAAACACCAAGCCUCAACCACAGGACCACCAGGGACGUCCCUCCAGCACAUUUUAUUUCCUCCUUGGUUCUCCCUGGAUUGAGGAGCAGUGGGCCUUCCUAUAUUUUCUCACCUUUUCUCUUACUCUCAACUGCAAAACUUUAAAUCUUCCUCAUGGUCUGGCUUCCUUGGCUAAAGUCUCAUUUUUUACCUUCCGUUUCUAUUUGAUAGCCAUUUAUUUGACUCCAGUAGUCUCUAAGGCUUUGUCCAUGUCAGGACCUCACCUGUCUGCUCCUCUCGAGUGGAGGCGCCACUCCUUUCAAAGUUCAGUCUCAGUAACCUGAGGCUGUAUUAGCCAAAAUGUGAGCUCCCCAGCCCCUGUUUUUCCAGUUUUUUGCUUGUUUUUCGCAGACUCCCAUCCUAGCUACUUUUCUGUGCAUCCUUUGAACUUUCAGCUCAUCCCUGGUUCUUAAGGUCAUCUCCUCUCUUGCUAAGUCAGUGUGGCUGUGUAAGAACCUCAGAGCAUGAAAGCUGCUCUUCUGAUUGAAUAUAAGUACAAUCGUAUCUUGGGAGUUAACACAGUUGCAUCAAAUACUGCAUAUUUAAGCAUUUCCUCUCUUAAGAUUCAUGGUCAUUUUCCAAUCUCAAUAGAAGCAAAAUUGUAAAGGUAGCAACAACCACUGAAAACAAUUGAGACAUCCGAUUUUUUUCUCUCAUGGUUGGCCUUUAUUAAUCUCCUUAUUAGAAAAAGAAAAUCCACAACAGGACACUAUUUCUUUUCCUUACACCAGCCAGAAGCAGUUUCAAAUGAAUACGUGUUGACUCAGGUUUAGAAAUGCUUCAGAAUGAAAAUUGAUAUUUUAUUUGAUUAAUAUUCUAAAUAUCCAACUGUACCAGAAAGGAAUAUGUCUUGAUUGUCCUAGUUUGUGAUGAUGUACUAAUUCCUGUACAAUGUAAAUGAUUUUCUGAUACUCUUUUACAAAUGAUAUUUUUAAUUACAGAAUGAUGCAUACUUUUCAGCUCUUGUGGAUUUUUAUAAAAUUAAUAAUGAAACAACCUAUAUUUGA